AUAAUUAUAUGCCUGAUGUUUGCGUUAACAGAUCAGCGAGUCAACCGAUUUCCUCUACGCUCUUUUUAAGGGCAUAAAGGAAGCCACCGAUGGGAUGAUUCGGGUGAAACAAGCCGUUGUGUGUGGAUACGAACACGCUGGCGAGAUAUGUGCUAUUGCACUAAAACAGGCUGAUGCUAAAGUGGUUGUGUUCGAGGUUGAUUCCCACCUCACUAUUCAAGCCAAGCUCCGAGGUUUCUCAGUGGUCACGACCCUUGAUGAUGUUGUUCCUAAAGCAGACAUACUGGUGAUCUCCGGCAACAACAUGGACAAUAUCGCUGCGGCUAAGCUGCACUUCAAGAAGAUGAAGAACAACGCCAUUAUUUACGUGGAUUCAGUAUUAUUGGACCAUUCUCACGCCAACAAACGGGUCUUUCCUGAUACUAACUCGAGCAUCUUCGUAUUCAGAAAGAAAGAAUACCCUGGUCUUGCGUUGUCUCGAUCUCGUACAAGACCCGUGGUUGCUAUGCUUGAGUUGCGGAGCAAGAGAGGGAGAGGCGAGUACGAGAGGAAGGUUUAUGGCAUGCCAGAUCAUCUUGAAGAGAAGGUGUCUGCUCUUCACCUUGCCCAACUUGCGGCGGCGGAAGAGACCACAGCACAGGAUGGUCAGUACUCUGUACCCAUAGACAAUCAGGGAGAUGUGUUGGUUAAAACUGCUGAGCCAAAGAUAAGUCGUACGACGAGGAUGCUACUCAUGACUGUUCAAGCUUGCUCUCUGCUAGGCAUUAUUGCUCUGGGUCUUAGCAAGGCUUCCAAGAUUAAAGUUGAGCUUUCCUUGUGCGCUAUUUGGGGUAAUUAGAGGGUGAGAGAAUGGGACUCUGA